GCGUUCGCUCAACACGGAUUAUUCCCGAAAAUUUUAAAUUUUUAAAUUCUUCUUCAUCUGAAAUAAGUUAUACAAAAGCUACCAUGUUUGCUAAAUCGUGUCUAGAUUUAUGGAAGGAAGAAACUAAACAGACAAAUAACAUCAUCACGUUUUGUCGGGACCUCGAUCAAGCGAUGGGAAAUGGUGUUUCCGUUGGAUUGAUAACGGAGUUUUGUGGUCCACCUGGGAGUGGCAAAACGCAAAUGUGUCUGCAGCUAUGCAUCAACGUUCAAAUCCUACCCCAGUUUGGAGGACUUGGUGGCAAAGCGUUGUAUUUUGAUACAAAUUUCAAUUUCGAUCCUCAUCGGUUGAAGGAAAUUGCUGCUGCUUGCGUAAGACACUGCCAGAAGCUGGUCCAGAUACAUCGUAAGGAUCUUAACCAUCUGAUCGAAAAUUUGACUGCCGAAACGUUUCUGGAUGGCGUUUACUACAAGCACGUGUCUGAGUUUUCUGAGCUAACGAAUGAGGUAGCACAGUUGGAGCAGACGUUGAAAAACGGCGAAAAGAUAAAACUUGUCGUGAUAGAUUCACUAUCAUUUAUAAUCAGGAACAGUAUUGAAAGUACUUUAGAAAGGAUACGGGUCAAUCAUCGGUUGCUGACCCAACUACAUGCAUUAGCCCAGCAGUACAAAUUUGCGAUCGUUAUAACCAACGACGUUACCACCCGUAUCAUUUCCGGAGAAUCGGCUUCCGUAAUAGUUCCAGCCCUCGGAGAAAGCCAUGGGCACAAAAUCAACCAACGGGUAUUGCUGGGUCCAGUUUCCAGUCAACGAGCGGAGGCAGCAACUGAUAUAUUUGUGGCCUUCGUCGAAAAGAGUCUGUACCGGCCCCGGAUGGCCGUAAAUUUCCAAAUCAGCGCCUUUGGCAUAAGGGGGGUUCGGAAUAAAUGAAAGUUGCUACUAGUUUAGGUUUUAUUGGUGUAUAUUUAGUAUAAGUAGAUCCCGAUCUGUGAUACACGUAUUUCUAGGUGAAUAAUUUUAACCAUCAAGUGAAACAACAACGAUGACAAUGUUUGAUAAAACACGUGAUAAAAAUACUUUCGAGUUUUGUUCGAGUGAAACAGCCGAAAAUUCAUGUUCGUCUUUCAGCAUUUGGCAUUUUUAGUUUAGUGGCUGCACAGAGUUACUAGAACACGUUCAUAAUCACCGCUCAAGUCGUCCUGUAACAAAAAUUGCAUUCGCACAAUGAUUUACGCUCAAGUUAAACAUUGGUGGGGAGUGAUGAUGGGGCGGACAGCGAUCAAUUGAUUAUGUGAGCGAUAAAUAAACAGGGACAGUGUCAUCAUU